GUUCUUUUUUACAACUUAGGCGAUUGGCAUUUUUUAAUUCUAUUUAUGUCUUCUUGUAGAGUGCAAGGGUAAGUAUUAGCAAGUUUGAAAUCAUCUGCAUACCCAAAAGAUUCGAUAUUUUUAAUUAUAGUUGUUGGUAAAUCAUUUAUAAUUAGGAUUAAUAAUAGGGGUCCAAUGAUUGACCCUUGUGGCACACCACUAGUUACUGAUGCUGUUGGGGAGCGCUUAUCAUUUUUUUUCACAUAUUGUCCCCUGUUUGUUAAGUAACUUGCAAUGAGUUCCACGAAGUUUCCGCCGAUUCCAAAUUGUUGUAUUUUACCAAUUAAUUUUCGGUUAGGAACGCUGUCAAAUGCUUUACGAAAAUCUAUGUAGAGAAUAUAAAAUUCCGUUUCAGUUGGAAUGUCAUAUUUUUGGUACAGAUGGUCAAGAAAUUGUAGAAGUUGAGCCAUCACCGAUCGCCUUUUACAGAAACCGUGUUGGGCUUCAUGCAAGUGUUUGUUGGUUAGAUUAUAAAGUUCAUCAAAGAUAAGUUUCUCUAGUAUUUUUUGAUACUUUGCAAAGAAGGCUUAUUGGCCGGUAAUUCUCUAUUUGUGAUUUGUUUGCGUCCUUGAAAAUUGGGACUACUUCACUGAUUUUCCAAUAAGUGGGGACAAAUCACAAAUAGAGUUACAGUUUUGAAAACAAGAUAGAGUGAUUUUGAAAGAGAAAGUUAGUUUUGCUUCUGACCUGGUUUUUGCUUCUGGCUCUACUUUUUGACUGGGUGAUAUGAUGAAGGACUAGUGUAGUAACUUCGGUAACCAUGAUAACUUCUGUCCUUCUUAUUUAUGUCUUAGGGGCUAUAAUUAUUGGUACUUGUCUUGGGGAGCUCUCUAAUAUUAAUUUUUUUUAGAUCUGACAGUCGUCUUUUUUUUGGAUAGCUAUGGUUAAAUUAGGCAUUCAAGUUAAAUGUUCCCUGGACAAUGUGACCAAUCUUAGGCCAGCGGACCCUGAGGACUUCGGUUGGUGUUUCACCUUGAAGUGUCCUCAAUGCAUGGAAGAGCAUAAUAAAGACGUUUUCAUCUCUAAGUCAGAAACUUGUGAUAUACAAGGAAGUCGAGGAACUGCAAACUUUGUCAUGAGCUGUUCUUUCUGUAAAAAACAUAGUAGCGUUGAUAUAUUAGAGAAUAACGCUGUUUACCAUUUGUCUGAUUCCGAAAAGUUCAAAACUUUAAUGGUUGCAGACUUCAGAGGAAUAGAACCAGUAGCCUUUAAAGCAGAUGGAGAAUGGAAAUGCUCCAGUGAGAGUUCAAGUAAACUUUUUGAUAUCCCUGACGGAGCUGAAAUGGCAAAAGAAGGAUGGUAUGAGUAUGACGAAGACGCAGGAUGUGAAGUGUCAGUUACUGAAUUUGAAACGAAAAUUGUGAAGUUGAAAUGAAUGUCAUGUUGUUACACAAGCAGAAUAUUGUUUUUUUUUUGCAGUACAAUCAUAAACAACAGCGCGGAAGUGCUUUCGCUGCUGAGGAUAUUAGAACAGGUUUUCAUCUUUGACUUGUCAUUGUUGAACAUUGACUUGUCUUUAUUGAACGGAUUUUUUUUCCAUCUGAAAGGUAUUAAUAUCGUAAGCGCAAUAUUAAAAAGAUGUUUUACUGUAAUAGUUUUAUAGCUUGUGAUUAGCAAGUGUUGCAAGUCGGAAUAUAGGUUUUUUUCGUGAUAACAACGUGUUUAACAAAAUCAGUUGAAUAAAUGGCUGCUAUGCUGCUGACAUGCGCAAUUUCACGAAAAUUCAAAAUUAACAACUGGAUGCAAUGUUUCUUACUGGGAGUUUUUUCAAUAUUAAAUUGGUUUUUUUUUCGGCUUCAUGGAUUGCGUCCCAGCUUUUGUCGGCUUUCUUUUUUUAAAAAUUUUUUAAUAUAUUUAAAUGCGGGCUUCACUAUAUCGCUAUGUCAACUUUUUAAAUUUAUUAUUUUUGCACGUUUAACGAAUUUUUUUUCUCGUUUAAGCUUUAUCGUAUAUUGCUUUGGUGGGGUGGUGCCAGGUUGCGACCAGCGAAUAUGUGGCCUCUCCUCCCAAUAUUGUCGCUCAAAUUUUUCUUCAAAUUUUCAUUAAAUAUAAGAAAAUAGACUCUGAUAUUUUAAAAUUAAUUACGCUAGAUUAUGAAUCCCGUUUAUGAAUUUGAUGAUUUCGCAAAUAAAAUUGUUUCGAAUUUGUUUUAAUAUAGAAAUUGCAGUUGUAUGCUGCAGGUCAUUUAAGGUUUUGCUUAUGAGGAUCUGAAACGCAGUAGGUUUGACCAUUUUAGUUUUAAAAAUCUUUGAGUCAAAACUAUUUUUAUAUUAUUCAAACUUUGAAAUUAAAAGCGUUGUUGGAUUCCCCCGUCUUUUUUUAACAGUUGCAUUCAUUUUGCUGUUUUUUCAUAUAUUUUAUGUAUAAGCAACUUUUAACUUCUCUAAUCUGUUUGAGGCACCGGAGGUGCGUUGCACGCUAGCUCUUCUGAGUUGCUUGCUUUACAUUUAGUUCUAAUACAGGGUGAGGUUUUGGGUUCAAUCGAAACAACUGGUUGUAGGAAGCAUCCCUGCAUGAUCAACUUAAGCUAAACACCUUUGUUAACUCAAAAGUUAGAGCCCUCGGAACAACUAAAAAUAUUUGAUUUUUCGACAUUUUUUGAAUCUUUUUGAACUUUCUCAAAAAUUUCCCGCCCAUUUUGGAACGGUUAAUUAGAAAGUCUUGGGCAUGUUUGGCUGCGAUCAAUAUUUAUUAUACAAAAUUAUGGCUCUCGGAAAACUCAAAAGUUUGAUUUAUGACGGUUUUUUGAAAUUUCUUUUUGUUUCUCAAAAGCUACACUCGCAAAAGCUACAAGCUGAGUUCUUGGGUUCAAUCGAAACAACCUGAUGUGGGAAGCGUCCCUGCAUAUUCACUCAAAUUCAUUUUUAAACUUUUGACUUUUUUUCGAAAACUACACUCUGUAAUCUGAGUUUUUGAGUCCAAUCGAAAUAACAGGUUGUGUGAAUAUCUUUUCUUAUUGCCCGCGGUCCUACUCAAUGCGGGAUCAACCGUAGGGGAAGGCGGAUGUCUGUAUAAGCUGCUACGCCCGAAAAAUUUUCACGAUUAAAACUGUGUUUCUCGGAAAAGUAAUUUUUUGAUUUUUUUGACCGUUUUUUGGAAAUUUUUCUCAAAAACUACCCUGCCAUUUCUUAGAUUAAGUGGUCAAUGCGAGUUUCGGUUUUGGAAAUCUUCUCUGCUAGCGUGGCUACGACCUUCUUUUGCAAAAAAAUAUUGAUUUUGGCAGGUCAAGUUUUUGAACUUAAGACCGUUUUUUUUUUGAAGUUUUUUGACUUUUCUUAUACAUCUGAAAUAACGGGUUCAAUCGAAUAAACCGGUUGCGAGAUUUUUUUUGUGUAGAAGUGGCGUUUACCUAAUUGUUUGUAAAAGUGUUGUCUUUGGGAAGAUUUCAAUUUCUCAUAAGUUUUCACCCUUUUAUUUUAGUAGAGAAACAACAAUCUCUGGGCAAAAUCCAUUUUUUGAAAUUACCAAUUUCAUCACACGUCAGUGUAACAAAAUUAUCAAAACACCUACCUCCAGCUUUAGCUGGACACCUGGUUACCUUUAAUCGAGACAUAAAAAAACUUUGGUUCUUGUGUAGUUUUCAAAGUUUUUCAUGUUUUUUUUCUAUUUCUUAUGUUUUUUUUAUUUUUGUGCUGUAUCGCAAAUGGUACAUAGCUCCGAUUCGUCUCUGUGUUUAUAAAAUUGUUGUGCCAUAAUUAUUUGGUUAAUAUGGAACAGUUAACGUCUGGUAGCUUCAGUUCUAUUGAAGGGCUUUUUUUCCAACCAUUUGAGAAAUGGGGAGGAACAUUGUAUUCAGGUGUGUUUUAGUUUUUUCCACGCAAAAUCAGGUACCAAAAGAAAUUAUCGGACUGGGUUGAGUGAUAUAUUAUAUUAUUGCCCUUUCAGUCAUUUUUUCAUUUUCUUUGUCUAAUUUGCUUAUUUUACUAUGACUGUCGAAUAUGUCUAAGCACUAGUUUUACAUUCAGAUCAUUUUAUCACACCGCGCAAAAAGAGCUAAUUUUAUUUGAGAAAAAACUAGAAUUUUUUUAAGACUAUGGUCGGAACAUCUUUGCUACUUGCACCGUAAUCGGCUUUUCUUGUUCAAGUAUUCCAGUUUCUUAUUAAUUUUGCUUGUGUAUGCGAAGUGUAACUUUGCCUGUACUAUAUUAUAUGUAAAAGCUCAAAUCUUCUUGUCAAACUAAAUACAGAGUUUGGGUUGUAUACUUCUAUUCAAAUCGGCUAGCAAGGUAUUGAUUAAAUAUUAGUCUUUUUGCUUCUAAUUUAACUUGUAGUGAUUGA